UCUUUAGUCUAUGGUCAACAGAAUAGUUUUUAUUUUUAUUUUAGCUGGUAUCAUUUGGUAGAAAAUACUGGAUGGCGAUUGGCCGAAAUGAUGCAACGGUUCACAAACAUCAACUUCAAAUCAAAUGUUCAAACACGCAGCCGUUUGAAAAUCUCCUUUGUGAAUUGAUACAAUCAUCAAAAGUUUAUUGUUAUUUUAACAUUUAUUUAGAAUUUAGUGUAUAUUUAAGCUAGUGUAAAAAUGACGUCGAUCAAAGAAGAUGAAAAGAAGGAAAUUCCUGAAAUUAUUCAUGAUCCUCAAACUAACAGCACGUAUCAGAGAUUGAGAUUCUUUGGCAAGGGUGGCUUUGCGAAAUGCUACGAAAUCCAAGACAUAGCGACCAACCAGAUAUGGGCUGGGAAGAUAGUGUCCAAGAAGCUGAUGGUGAAGUCCAGCCAGAAGGAGAAGAUGGCUCAGGAGAUCUCCAUCCACCGCUCGCUGCUGCACAAACACGUCGUCGGCUUCCACAGCUUCUUCGAGGACUCCCUCAAUAUUUACAUCAUACUUGAACUGUGCAAAAGACGGUCAAUGAUGGAGCUGCACAAGCGUAGAAAAGCAAUCACAGAGCCGGAGACGAGGUUCUAUAUGCACCAGAUCCUGCUCGGAGUCCAGUACCUGCACAGCCGGCGCAUCAUCCACCGAGACUUGAAGCUCGGAAACUUGUUCCUUGAUGAUGAUCUCCAUGUCAAGAUAGGAGACUUUGGUCUUGCAGCACGAAUUGAAUAUGACGGUGAAAGAAAGCAGACUUUAUGUGGCACCCCCAACUACAUAGCACCAGAAAUCCUGACGAAGAAGGGGCAUUCCUUCGAAGUAGACAUCUGGAGUUUGGGCUGCAUCAUGUACACACUGCUGGUGGGGAAGCCACCGUUUGAGACUUCCACACUCAAGGAUACAUACAAGAGAAUCAAACAGUGCGAGUACAGGAUACCAUCCUCCUUGCGCAAGCCGGCCGCCUCUAUGAUCGUACUGCAGCUGCAGUCGAACCCGGCGCGGCGGCCGUCGGUGGACAAGCUGAUCCAGCACGAGUUCUUCUCUUCGGGCAUCAUGCCGGGCGCGCUGCCGCUGUCGUGCCUCACCACCGCGCCCAGGACCGACCAGCUCGAGGGCGUCUCGCUGCAGCGCCGCCCGCUCAAUGAGCUCAAUGGCGACCAAGUGAUGGCGGUGGACUCGCCGGUGAAGCGCGAGGGCGCGGAGCCGCGCGCCGUGGAGCCGUCCUCGCACCGGCAGAACCUCAUCGCGCUGCGCGACCAGCUCGCCAAGCUGCUAGGCAACAAGCUGAUGUGCCGUCCGGAGUGUCUCACAGACGACAUGAGCGACCCGGCGGCGCAGCCCCUGGUGUGGGUGGGCAAGUGGGUGGACUACAGCGACAAGUACGGCUUCGGCUACCAGCUCUGCGACGAGAGCGUCGGCGUCAUGUUCAACGACACUACGAAGCUCAUCAUGCUGGCAAACGGAGUGAACGUGCACUACAUAAACCGGCAGGGGCAGGAGCAGUACAUGACGAUGCGCGAGUACCCGCCCGAGCUGGACAAGAAGAUGAAGCUGCUCACCUACUUCCGCAGAUACAUGACCGAGCACCUCAUGAAGGCUGGUGCGUCAGUCCCAGUGCGAGAGAGCGACGGGCUGUCCCGACUGCCGCAUCUGCACCAGUGGUUCAGGACCACGCUCGCCGUCAUUAUGUAUCUCACAAACGGAACGUUACAGAUAAACUUCCAAGACCACACGAAGAUCAUCCUGUGUCCGCUGAUGCAGGCGGUCACGUACAUCGACGUGGAGAAGAACUUCCGCACCUUCCGCUUCAGCACCAUCGAGGAGCAGGGCUGCGACAAGAAGCUCUACACCAACCUCACGUACGCGCUCGAGAAGCUCAACAGUGUGCUUACAAACAAGCUCUGCUAGUCCACGCCCGCUAACUAGAUGUAAUUAAUGAAAUGAACUUCGAACGACUACGCGGGAGCGACGACGAGUGUCUUAGGCUCUAUGCACACUCGCCUAGGGAGGUUAACAACACUCUUAAUUUAAUUAGCCCUAAUUUUAGUACUUAUUUACCUACCUACUACCACUUCUAUUUUCAAAUUGUGAUAAGUUUAACGUCCCCGCCGCGGGAUGGGCCGGCUUCUACCGGAAUCCGCUAUAUUUAGCCGCAUAUUCCACCGGAAAUCUUUUAUAUUUAUUGGUUUAGUUAUUUGCGAUAUGUGGUUGCAAGAAUUACAUUUUUUAAUCUUGUAAUCCUUUUAUUGUAGGGAAGUGUUCGAUAGUCGAUAGCGUUUCAUAGCCCACAAAGUUAUGUUUAGGAAAUAUAAGUAUGAUAACUCGGCUUGAUGCCUUAAAUACAUUUGACCAUGAUAUUGUUGAGGAAAUUGCAGUUUUUUCUAUUCAAUUUCAAUGUCGAAAUUUUGAUUUCAACUACUUUCUCAUUGAUUCGUAUAGUUGUUAUAAAUAAGCAGCGCCAAGACUGAAGGGGCGCGGUGCGUGCGAGCUCCGCACUCCUGUUGUGAGGGAUUUGUAACAUUUUAUUUAGUUUUAUAUUAUAUUUUUAUAAAGUUUGUUUCUGUGCCUCAGUAACAUCAGAACAGACUUGUAUUCGUAAUGCAAUCUUGAACUUUCUGUGACAUUCCUGACUAUGUUUUGUGCCUCUCUUCUCGCCAACAGCUAUCAUUUAUACUCGUGUUCAGUAUUAGCAACAUUCGAUGAUGUUGAAGCACUGUCGGUUUGUAACCUGCAAGCUCAGAGGUUUGUUACGCGCUGAUUUUACCUCUUGUAUUAAAACUUAACUAUUUGACAAUAAAGUUAUUAAAUGAAA